ACCUGAGCUUUCCGAACGUUGUGGUGCUUGGAACUCUGCCUCGUCUGCUUUUUUUCUUCUUAGCCAGCUCUUGGAGCGCUGGGUAUGGGAGCCUGUACAUUCGGAAUUCGACAUCCGCCGGUGUCAUCUACGAACGUAGCUAUGAUAGUGAAUUCCAGCAGCCACUUGAGUUUGCUGCGUGAAGUGUGGAACUGUAAUCGCGCAACAUGCAGCGACCAUGUAUUGUGCGCCGUUUCACAGACAAGAUCAGGAACCAUCGCGUUUACGCCAGAGCCUUGAGCACACCACGUUGGGAGACGACGCUGUGAUGGACUGUGGCACAUCAUCUGGUGAUAAUGCCCAAUGAGAGCCUUCAGCUGAAAACACCGCCCAAGAAGCACAAGGGUCCAAAACUCUCCCAGAGUUGCCCCCUGCCUACAAUGACUGUCAUACAGCAGCUCAUAGAGAAGAAGAAGAGAAAGAAGAACAAGAGGAAGUCCUCUCUCCUCAGCGCAGACUCCUCCUGCAUAAGUGGCACACCGAGCAAGGUUGCCAAGCUCGACACUGCCGUCUCUCAAAGCCCAGGUCUCGGGAAGCGACGCGUCAAAAGCCUCGGCGACCUGCCUUCCCCCGGGUCGUCUGGUGCAGUGCAGCCGAUCAGUGUUGCCAACUGUGCAAACUCCUGUGUGAGCGAAGAUGCUGAAGGAGACGACCUAAGCAUCAAGAAGGCUCUGUUGCUUGAAGAGCGAAAAUCACUGCCAGUGUUUUCUGUUCGAUGGAGCCUAGUGAAAGCGGUUAGAGACAAUGACUGUGUUAUCAUGAUGGGAGAGACAGGAUGUGGAAAAACGACUCAGAUUCCUCAGUUUCUUCACGACGCAGGAUUCACGAAACGUGCAAUGAUAGGAGUGACUCAGCCAAGGAGAGUGGCUGCAGUUACCAUAGCAAACCGGGUGGCAAUGGAAAUGGGAGUCAACAUCGGUGACCUGGUUGGAUAUUCAGUGCGUUUUGAUGACUCCACUUCUCAUGGUACAAAGAUCAAGUACUUGACAGAUGGUAUGCUGCUCAGAGAAGCACUAUCAGAUCCUCUUCUUCAGAGAUACAGAGUAAUCAUCCUGGAUGAAGCUCAUGAAAGGACGGUGAACACGGACAUCUUGUUUGGUGUUGUGAAGAUAGCACAACAACAACGAAAAAAGAUGAACGGUUCCCCUUUGAAGGUGGUAGUCAUGUCUGCAACCAUGAAUGUUGAUCAGUUUUCUGCAUACUUUGACAAUGCCCCAGUUUACAUGCUUCAGGGGAGGCAGCAUCCCAUUAAGUCUAUGUAUGCGGUGAAGAAGCAAGAAGAUUACAUCUUUGCCACUUUAGUCACAGUCUUUCAGAUCCAUCAAAGUGGUCAACCAGGAGACAUACUGGUUUUCUGCACUGGCCAGGAAGAGAUUGAAUCCGCUGUCAAGGCUACAAGAGAAACGAGAUCACAGCUAUCUCCAGAUGAGCAAAACAUUGUUGCAUACCCACUUUACUCUGCACUUCCAUCAGAUGUGCAGCUGAAGGUAUUCCAGCCUGCAACUGAGGGGACACGGAAAGUCAUUUUCGCGACAAACAUUGCAGAAACCUCUGUUACUAUUCCUGGAAUCAAGUUUGUCAUUGAUACUGGAAUGGUCAAAGAAAAAUUAUUUCACCCAAAGAUUGGUUUUGAAAUGCUAAAAGUUCAAAAGAUAUCCAAGGCCCAGGCUUGGCAGCGUGCAGGGCGUGCCGGACGGGAGUGUAGUGGCAUCUGCUACAGGCUGUUCACGAGACAAGAGUUCGACAAGAUGAAAGAUUUCACAGUUCCGGAGAUACAAAGGUGCAGCCUUUCUGGGGUGGUACUACAGAUGCUUGCUAUCGGGAUUAGUGACAUCUUUGGUUUUGAUUUCAUGGACAAGCCAUCCCAACACCACAUUGUAGAGGCGAUGACACGGCUUCACCAGUUCAGAGCGCUGGAAAAGGCUGACACAAUACGGCUGUCACCACUUGGGAAAAAGAUGGCAAGAUUUCCAUUGGAACCUCGUUUUGCAAAAAUAAUCCUGGCCUCUCAAGAAUUGGGCUGCACGGAGGAGAUUCUCACAAUAAUUUCAAUGUUGUCAGGAGAUUCUGUGCUAUUCUACUCAGAAAAAAAUAGGGACCGCAGGAACGAAACGUGGAAAAAGUUCCAGUCAAACGAAGGUGAUCACAUCACAUUGCUGAACAUAUUCAGAGGUUUCAAAGGUGUCAAGGGAAACAAGGAAUGGUGUAAAGAGAACUUUGUGAAUAGAAAAAAUAUGAUAAAAGUGCUGGACAUUCGACGCCAACUUGCAGCACUCUGUGCACAGGCAGAUGUUCCAUUGAAGUCAUGUGGAAAGGACACUGCUGCAGUCAGGAAGUGCAUGAUCUCAGGACUCUUCACAAAUGUUGCUGAGCUGCAAAAGGAGGGACACUAUACAACCGUUGAGUCCAGAAAACAAGUGUACAUUCAUCCUUCAUCUUCGCUCUUCUCUUCAUCACCGUCGUGCAUCAUAUACACAGAGAUGGUGGAAACUACUAAGUGUUACAUGAAGAAUCUGAGUGUGGUCGACCCCGAUUGGCUGCUGGACAUGGAACCACAGUACUUCAAGAGCAAACGACUAGCAGCUCACGACUCUUGACAACAGGACAUCAAUGAAUUCGUCCUAAAUGAUAACUGUAAAGCCUUAUGGAUGACAUUUCAUGAUCACCGAGAGAUUCCUACAGCUGCGUGCAUCUUUUACAUUUUGGUUUUUAUUGCUUUUGACGGACGCAUCGAAUUUAUCAUGGACCUGUGUGCCUGAAUAAAUGUUUUAUUUUGAGCUUA